UCGUGCAGGCAGACUGUGGCUGCAAGUGCACAUCAAUUACAUCUGACUGUUCCCGGGACACUGUGGCAUUAGGAGCUGUGUCAGUCAAGAGCGCUACAAUAGCACGUGCAGAGGUGGCGGCUCAAGACCCCCCUGAGAGAUUUAUCUUAACUCUAGCUGCUGAAUGAUAAUGAGUUGGAGGCUUUUUGCAAGAUCAUGGAACAGAACCUUCCUUCAAUAAUGCACCCCAAGGAAAACUGUUACCUGAGUAAAGGCUCUAAAUAAUGCAUUUCCCGGGGACGACAGUUGUAGCAGAAGAGAAUGCUGGAACCGGUAGCAAGAUUUCUGUCUGAGAUGGAAAGAUGUCUCACUACCAUUUUAUCAAGUGCUGUUGCUUUCAGCUAUGUAAAGUUUUUCGAUCCCAUGAAAUGGAAAUUGACCAGUGCUUGCUGGAGUCCCUUCCCCUUGGUCAACGCCAGCGCCUGGUGAAACGCAUGCGCUGUGAACAAAUCAAAGCCUACUAUGAACGAGAGAAGGCUUUUCAGAAGCAGGAAGGAUUCCUGAAAAAGCUGAAGCAUGGAAAGAGUCAGAAAGUUCAUUUUAACCUUGCUGACAUGAUACAGGAUGCAAUCAUCCAUCACAAUGACAAAGAAGUGCUUCGACUCCUGAAGGAGGGAGCAGAUCCUCACACUUCGGUUUCCUCAGGAGGGUCCUUACUCCAUCUGUGUGCUCGAUAUGAUAAUGCCUUCAUUGCAGAGAUCUUGAUUGACAGAGGGGUCGACGUAAACCACCAGGAUGAAGACUUUUGGACACCGAUGCACAUUGCCUGUGCAUGUGAUAACCCUGAUAUUGUUCUCCUGCUUGUAUUAGCUGGAGCCAAUGUCCUUCUCCAGGAUGUCAAUGGAAAUAUCCCAUUAGAUUAUGCAGUAGAAGGGACAGAAUCAAGCUGUAUCCUAUUGACUUAUCUGGAUGAAAAUGGAGUUGAUCUGAUCUCCCUGCGCCAAAUGAAACUUCAGAGACCAAUGAGUAUGUUAACUGAUGUCAAGCACUUCUUAUCAUCUGGAGGAAAUGUUAAUGAGAAAAAUGAUGAAGGAGUAACACUGUUGCAUAUGGCAUGUGCAAGUGGCUACAAGGAGGUGGUAUCUCUCAUCCUGGAACAUGGUGGAGACCUCAAUAUAGUAGAUAAUCAGUAUUGGACCCCACUUCAUUUGGCAGCAAAAUAUGGCCAGACAAACCUGGUGAAACUUCUUUUGAUGCAUCAGGCAAACCCAAACCUUCUGAACUGCAAUGAAGAGAAGCCGUCAGAUAUUGCUGCAUCUGAGUUUAUUGAGGAAAUGCUGCUAAAAGCUGAAAUUGCCUGGGAAGAAAAAAUGAAAGAGCCUUUAUCUGAUCCAACCUUAGCACAAGAGGAGCCAUAUGAAGAGAUCAUUCAUGAUCUUUCAACACUUUCCAGUAAAAUCAGUCCCCUGGUGUUAUCAAUUGCCAAGCAAGAUAGUUUGUUGGAAAAAGACAUUAUGUUCAAAGAUGCAACAAAAGGUCUAUGUAAGCAACAAUCCCAAGACAGCACCUCUGAAAGCUCCACCAUGAACGGCUCUGCUAAACCUGAGCAGGUCAAACUAAUGCCUCCUGCUCCAAAUGAUGACCUGUCAACGCUCAGUGAACUCAAUGACAGCAGUCUGCUUUAUGAAAUUCAGAAGCGCUUUGGGAACAAUCAGAUAUACACUUUUAUUGGGGACAUCCUCUUGCUUGUUAACCCAUUCAAGGAGCUUCCAAUUUAUUCUACCACAGUCUCACAGCUUUACUUUAGCAGCUCAGGGAAGUUGUGUUCUUCUUUGCCUCCUCACAUUUUCUCUUGUGCUGAGAGAGCCUUUCACCAACUUUUCCAGGAGCAGCGACCUCAGUGUUUCAUCCUAAGUGGAGAAAGAGGAUCUGGAAAGUCCGAAGCCAGCAAACAAAUAAUGAGACACUUAACCUGUAGAUCUGGCCUCAGCAGGGGUUUAUUUGAGUCCAAAUUUAAACAUGUCAUGUGCAUCUUAGAAGCUUUUGGACAUGCCAAGACAACUCUUAAUGAUUUGUCCAGUUGCUUCAUUAAGUAUUUUGAAUUACAGUUCUGUGAGAGAAAAAAAUAUUUGACUGGAGCCAGAAUUUAUACAUAUAUGCUAGAGAAGUCUCGUCUUGUUUCACAACCUCUCAGCCAGAGCAAUUUUCUCAUCUUCUAUUUGUUGAUGGAUGGGUUAUCUGCUGAAGAAAAGCAUGGACUUUACCUUAAUAAUUUAUCUGCACAUCGGUAUUUGAACCGGACCAUACGGGAAGAUAUAUCAGCAGCAGAGCAUUCUCUAAACAGAGAGAAAUUAGUUGUAUUAAGACAAGCCUUGACUGUAGUUGGCUUCAGUAACUUGGAGGUGGAGAAUCUGUUUGUGAUUCUAGCAGCAAUAUUACACAUUGGAGACAUUCGGUUCACUGCUCUGACAGACACUGAUUCAGCAUUUGUUUCUGACCUCCAGCUUCUGGAACAAGUGGCUGGAAUGUUACAAGUAUCAGCAGAUGAAUUGGCGUCUGCCUUAACAACUGAUAUUCAGUAUUUUAAAGGAGAUAUGAUUAUACGACGACAUACUGUAGAGAUUGCUGAAUUUUACCGGGAUCUCUUGGCGAAGUCCCUGUACAGUCGUUUGUUUAGCUUUUUGGUGAAUGCCAUGAAUUGUUGUCUGCACAGUCAAGAUGAGCACAGCAGCAUGCAGACAUUGGAUGUUGGAAUAUUAGACAUCUUUGGCUUUGAAGAAUUUCAAAAGAAUGAAUUUGAACAACUUUGUGUCAACAUGACCAACGAGAAGAUACACCACUAUAUCAAUGAAGUGCUAUUCCUACAAGAGCAAACAGAAAGUGUACAAGAGGGAGUUACCAUGGAAACGGCAUAUUCUUCUGGUAACCAGUCUGGAGUUUUGGAUUUUUUUUUCCAGAAGCCAUCUGGAUUUCUUUCUUUAUUGGAUGAAGAAAGUCAAAGCACUUGGUCAGUGGAGCCAAACCUUCCAAAAAAACUAUACCAUCUCUUGGAGUCCUCAAACACAAACACAGUAUAUUCCCCCAUUAAGGAUGGGAAUGGGAACGUCACCCUCAAAGAUAAAGGCACAGCCUUCACUAUUAUGCACUAUGCAGGAAGGGUGAUGUAUGAAAUUGUUGGAGCAAUUGAAAAAAAUAAAGACUCCCUUUCACAGAAUCUUCUAUUUGUAAUGAAAACUAGUGAAAAUGUCGUGAUCAAUCAUUUGUUCCAGUCGAAACUGUCACAUACAGGAUCCCUCGUAUCUUCCUAUCCCUCCUUUAAAUUUCGAGGACAUAAAUCUGCCCUGCUCAGUAAGAAAAUGACAGCUUCUUCAAUUAUUGGAGAAAACAAGAAUUAUCUAGAGCUUAGUAAGUUAUUAAAGAAGAAAGGAUCUUCUCCAUUUCUUCAAAGACUAGAACGGGGAGGCCCAAUCACCAUAGCAUCACAACUCAGGAAAUGUCUAACGGAAAUUAUUGGAAGACUUCAGAAGUGCUCACCACACUUUAUUCACUGCAUCAAGCCCAAUAACUCAAAGUUGCCAGAUUCUUUUGAUAAUUUUUAUGUGUCUGCUCAACUACAAUAUAUUGGGGUCCUGGAAAUGGUGAAGAUCAUCCGAUAUGGAUACCCAGUCCGCCUUUCUUUCACAGAUUUCUUGUCAAGGUAUAAGCCGUUGGCUGAUACAUCACUGGGCAAGAAGAAGAAACUGUCUGCUGAGGAAAAAUGUCGACUUGUUCUUCAGCAGUGUAAAUUACAAGGCUGGCAGAUGGGAGUCCAUAAAGUGUUUCUAAAAUACUGGCAAGCUGACCAGCUCAAUGAUUUGUGCCUACAGCUGCAGAGAAAAAUUAUAACCUGCCAAAAAGUCAUAAGAGGAUUUCUAGCACGCCAACACUUGCUUCAGAAAAUGAGCUUGAGACAGCAAGAGGUCACUUCCAUCAGCAGCUUUCUGCAGAACACAGAGGACCUGGGGCUGAAAACUUAUGAUGCCCUGGUCAUUCAGAAUGCUUCUGACAUUGCCCGGGAAAAUGAUCGGCUCCGAAAUGAAAUGAAUAAUACCCACCAUAAAGAAAAGGUAGAGGCCAGGAACAAACAAGAGGAAGGCACCAAAAGAGCUGAAGACAAAGGUGGACCCAGGCAUUUCUAUUCCAGCUCUGUCCCGGUCCCAAUGGCAGUGGAUGGCCCGGUUCCUUCUCUGGCUGGCUGCUCCACCAGGUCUCCUUCCCUUCACUCCGUGUUCAGCAUGGAUGACAGCAGUGGCCUGCCAUCACCACGGAAACAGCCUCCGCCCAAGCCAAAGAGAGACCCCAACACCCGGCUGAGUGCCUCAUAUGAGGCCAUGAGUGCCUGCUUGUCAGCGGCAGCUAAAGACACAGCUAAUGAAGUCUUCUCCCGGCCCAGGCCGCACAGUGAUGAUUACAGCACGAUGAAAAAGAUUCCUCCUCGAAAGCCAAAAAGAAGCCCCAACACAAAGCUCAGCGGCUCAUAUGAAGAGAUAUCAGCCCCCAAGCCUGGAGAGGGGAGGCCCUCCCCCACCACCUAUAAAGCAGACCCCUACCAGGACUUGCGGGCUGUGCAGAGGGCCUCUUCUGCCGAUGGGCCCCACCAGUACAUUCUACGCUUGAGCAUGUCACAGGAGGAAGACGACGAAACUGAACCCGUGUACAUCGAGAUGGUGGGGAAUGCCAUGAAGCCUGGCGGCCCUGAGGCAGACAGCCCAGACCAAGGCGAAUCUGUGUAUGAAGAGAUGAAGUACUUUUUGCCAGAGGAGAGCAGCAGCAACCUGGGAAUGAUCUCCUUCACGUCUGCAUUGCCCGCUCUGUUUUUUGAGAGUCGAAAAACCAUCACCUUUGAGGAUGGUGAUCUCAGCUGCCAAGCUCCUGGGGCCUUUAAAGACACUUGUGACAUUCCACCCCCGUUCCCCAAUCUACUUCCCCAUCGACCUCCACUGCUGGUGUUUCCUCCUACCCCUGUGACGUGCUCUCCCGCUUCUGAUGAAUCACCGUUAACUCCCCUGGAAGUGAAAAAACUGCCUGUCCUGGAAACCAACCUGAAAUACCCCGUUCAGUCAGAAAGUUCAAGCCCAUCGUCACCACAAUAUUCCAAAAACCAAAAAGGGAACAGUGACAGACCUGCAUCCCCUGGUUUAACUAUAUUUAAUGGGUCCAACAAAAUGUCUCCUCCUUCGACACCACCUCCUCCUCCUUUGCCUCCUCCCUUGCCUCCUCCUGCUUCUUACCGGCCAUCCACACAUUUUACCUUCCCACCAGAGACAUUUUUGGUUAAUACGGGAAAAGGAAUGGCAAAUUCAGAUUUGCCCAAAGUACAUCAAAAGCCAAAUUCUGCUCCAGUGGGCGGUCCAUGCAGCUCCUUCUCCAAACUUCCUUAUUCCCCGGUGAAGGCAGCCAGAGCUGACCAUAGGAAGUCCAAUUCCAAUUCCUCCUCUCCGGUUUCCUACAGCCCUCCAAACUCAAGACCUCUCACUAGCCCUCUUGACGAGUUAACUAGCCUUUUCAACUCCGGAAGGAGCGUGCUUCGCAAGUCGGCAGCAGGAAGAAAAAUUAGGGAACCUGAAGGUUUUGAAACUAACAUGAACUUAACUAGCCGGGAUGAUCCUAGCACAUCAGAAAUUGCAUCAGAGACUGAAGAUAGAAAUGCAAAUAACCAUGGAAUUCAAUUAUCCAAUUCACUAUCUAGUUCUAUAACUGCUGAAAAUGGAAAUUCUAUCUCAAAUGGCUUACCUGAAGAAGAUGGAUACUCAAGACUAUCAGUGAGUGGGACAGCAACUUCAUCAUUUCAGAGACAUAGGGAAAGUCACACCACUCAGGUAAUCCAUCAGCUGAGGCUUUCAGAGAAUGAAAGUGUGGCUCUGCAGGAACUCCUGGACUGGAGGCGAAAGCUCUGUGAGGAAAGAGAAGACUGGCAGCAAAUCCUGCACCACCCUGAACCGAGGGUGCCUCCCCCACCUCCUUGUAAAAAGCCCACUCUUCUGAAGAAGCCCGAAGGGGCCUCCUGCAACAGGCUGCCUUCUGAGCUCUGGGACACCACUAUUUGAUGUGGCCUGAACUGUGGGCUCAAAAUAAAACUGCCUAGCGAUUCUGGACUGCACCAAAACAGAAGGCUGCCUUCUGAUGCUUGCUGGGUUCUCUCUCCAUACAUUUACACAAAAAAGCACAGACACUGAAGUUAAAUAUACAAGAUUCCCUGUGUGUGUGUGUAUGUGUGUGUGUGUUUGUUCUUUCUUAUCCAUUGUGUGGUGAUACACUCUGAGUUUCAGCCUCCAUGUUUGUAGGGUCUUGAACUCAUAAGUUGCGAGAGAAAAGUCCUGCAAAAGUGUAAUGAGGUGAGAGAGGGAAAUAGAAUGGUGGAGGAAAGGAGUGAUUCCUGUGCACACUGUACAGUUGUUUUUAUAUAAUUCAACAUGUUGAUUGGACUUCCAAUGGUUUUAUUAUAAUACACUAUACAGUGCAUAUAUUUUAUUUCUUUGUAGAUGUUUGUGUUUUAUUGGAAUUGCAAACCUAUAAUUAUUUACAUGUUUCUUACUGUAUUUUAUAACUUUAUGCAAUUGGCGGUGCUCCCCUUCUUCAAAAUACAAAUUUUUAAAAAUCAUUUCUAGAAUUUUUUCUUCCACACACUUUUUAUUUGUACCUAAAGCACAUAACUAUUUGACACUAUGUUGUUGUUUUAGCUUCACCGGUGUCAACCCUUGCAGAAGUGUAGAAUGUGUCCAGUGCUUUAUGUCUCAUUCCUGGAUUAGGAGGCACUUCUUUCCUAUGGCCUGUAUUUCUGUAUAAGUGGAUUGUGAACCCUUUAAUUAAAUUUCACCUCCAGACUUCGGCAUAGGUUACAGGAUAUUAGGAGGCACUCAGUUAAACAUGUUUGGCUUCAAAUGCAUAGCUGGCUUUGUAAAAAGGUCAUAUUCAUUCAAAGGUAUCAACAGUUCAGUAAGUAUGCUGAGAUUUACUGGUUUGAGCAAUAAUGGUUGCAUCACAAGAUGACUGUCCUCCCAGAGCUCCACUGCAUGAUACACUUACUGUAUAUCUUCGACCCUCCUGUAAUGCAAUGGCCUUGUCUUAUUGAUGUGCUUUGGUUGGCUGUCAGGAAGUUCCAAGCAGUGGGAUCCAUGGCAUCAUGUCUUACUGUGGGGAACUUUUUACUCAUACCAACCUUUGAAAAGCUUCUGUGCCAAUAAAAGGGUACUACUACUUUCUUCUGUUGUUUUAAUUUUUGUUGUUGUUAUUGUCUUCCAUGAAAACUGUUUUCUGAUCAAAUAAGUAGGGGCAAUGGAGAAUCUAGCCCAGCCUCCCUUAAUAUGUUCUUCUUCACAGCAUUUUGCAAGCAUCAGGCUCUAGUGGUAAAACAGCAACUUU